AUGCAAGUCCAACAAGACGACAAGAACCAGACAAUGAAACUGGAAACAGGGACAGAGAAGCUGCGCCGCAAGCAAAGCUCACAUGCAAGUCCUACAAGACGACAAGAGCCAGACAAUGAAACUGGGAACAGGGUCAGGAACAAGCUAAAACGAGCCGAACGAAACGUGCAAUACAUUGCCCAAACUUUGACUGAGAUGCGAAAAGCUGAAGAGGUGAGAAUGGUCAAUCACAUUUGAAA